AUGACAGAAUUUCAAAAAUAUACUAAAAAACGAGAAAGCUCUGCCAGGAUCAAAGGUUUAGAUAUUCCAACUUUCACCAAUCCUCAGGAAAAGAGGACAUGGAUGCUUCAACAUAUGGCAGGUAUGCUUCGUAUUUUCGGCCGAAAAGGAUACAGCGAGGGCGUCGCUGGACAUGUGACGAUCGUUGAUCCUGUCGAUCCAACCUGCUAUUGGAUUAAUCCUUUAGGCGUUCAUUUUUCAAUGAUGAAAGCAAGUGAUUUAGUUCUUGUAAAUGGAGAAGGGAAAGCCAUUGGUGGAAGCCGCGCUCUAUUUAAUGAAUCUGGUUUCAAAAUUCAUUCUGAAAUGCAUAAAGCUCGACCAGACAUUAAAGCUAUUUGCCAUACUCAUUCGUUUUACGCCCGCACAUAUUCCAUCUUUGGAAAGGAAUUGGAAAUGUUAUCACAGGACAGUUGCUUGAUUUUUGAUAAACAAGUCGCGUUAGCCCAAUAUGAUGGGGUUGGUUUAGACGAAUUUGAGGGCAGAAAAAUUGCAAGUGCCCUAGGUGAAAGAAUGGGAAUAAUUCUGCAAAAUCACGGCGUUAUGACAGUUGGUAAAACCGUCGAUGAGGCUGCUUAUUUACACGUACUUUUAGAGAAUAUGUGUAAAGCCCAACUUUUAGCAGAUGCAGUAUCGGGCAGCACUCGGAUGGCCAAGCAAGUAAUAUCAAAUAAAAUAGCCAAAAGUGCUUAUGACACCAUCUCUAGUCCAGAACAACUAUAUUCUUCUAUGCAACCAGAAUUUGAGCUGGAAAUAUAUCUCUCAAACGGGGAGUUUCUUGACUAA